AGAAGGGCCGCCGAUGGCGGGCCGGGCCGGGCCGGGCUAGGCGGGGCGGUCUCCUGCGCGGGCCGCGGGGCGGAGCCAGGGCAGCGCCCCACCCGCAGCCCCAGGGCGCCCAGGCGGGCUCGGCCGGCGUGCGGGGGGAGGGGCGGCCGUCGCUGGCGGGCUCAGCCGGAGCAGGAAGUCCCGCGCGCUGCGCCCGUCGCUCCUCGGUCAGACCGGGCCGGGCCGGGCCGGGCGGCAGGGGGGCCCCCACCAUGUUCCAGCGGCACCAGCCCAGCAGGGUGACGGUGGCGCGCGGCUCCGCCCUGGAGAUGGAAAUCCGACGGGGCCGCUGCCGGCUCAGCCUCCUGGCCCAGCCCGAGCAGGUCCUGCGGAACGGCAUUAAAUCCCCCGGGGCCCUGGUCUCAUUGGGCAGAGUGCUCCGUCAGGCCGGGGCCAGGACCGAAAAGGUCCUAUCCCCCCUGCUUGAGGCAAACCGGACUCCCCUUGGGCCAGGGACCACAAACACAGGCCCCGGGUUCACCGCCACGCAGAGAUGGUGCAACAGACAAAACCACGAGUCCUCCUGUGUGGGAAUAGUACCAGCUAUCCACUGGCCACUAGAGGCCCAGGACGGAGGAGGUGGCAUCCUGCCCUACCAGUCAGAGGUGGAGCCCCCAGAAAACCUCUGGAGACCACGUGUGGCUCUGGUGCUCUGGGCUGGUUGGUACCGACUCCACCCUCCCUGCUUGGAGGGGAACAUCAUCUGCCUGGUCCUCCUCACUGUUCGCAUGGGGCUGCCACCCACUGGCUUUCUUCUCCUGAAGGCCCGCCUGUCUCCCUGCCCGCCCCCCACCGCCCCGCCCAGCUCUGGGCCCCUCCUGGCUGCUCCCUGCCUGAUGCCAGCCCCCCCUGCUCCCUCUUGUCUUCCAGAGGAGAGCUCGUUUUGGCUGCCCCUGUACGGAAGUGUCUGCUGCCGACUUGCUGCCCAGCCCCGCUGCAUGGUCCACCAGAUGAUGGGCAGCUUUCUCAGGGUGCAGCCAGGGGAGCAGCCGGGCUGGCUCCGGCUCUUCUGCGUCCUGCGUGGCCCCAAACUGCUCUGCUACCACCACCCCCAGGAUGCCGAAACCCCCGUGGAGCCGGCCUUCACCAUCACCAUCAGCAAGGAGACACGCAUCCGGGUGAUGGAGCGGGACCCCAAGAACCAUUCGCAGAGCAUGUUGAUCACCAACCACUACGGGGCAGAGGAGGUGACCCACACGCUCCAGGCGGAGAACCGGGCAGAGACGCAGCGCUGGAUGGAGGCCUUCUGGCAGCACUUCUACGACAUGAGUCAGUGGAAGCGCUGCUGUGACGAAUUGAUGAAGGUGGAGGUGCCCUCCCCGCGCCGGCCCACUGCUCAGCUGCCCAAGCAGGGCUCUUUGUAUCAUGAGACAGCUAUUGAACCAGCGGAUGACAUCGAGGCCGUGACAGAGAUCCUGGCUCGUCGGGUAUCAGGUCUGGGCAGCCCUGCGUGGCUGUCCCUCUUUGAGGGGCCAGGGCCCCCUCCCGCCGUGGCUUCAGACAGUGACAGCAACUCCAGCGCCAGCCCACGCCUGCUGCACCCUCCGUGGAGGCGGCCUCGCACCCUCUCCCUGGAUGCCAAGCUGAGCCUGUUGAAUGGACGCUCCAGCCGCCCGCCCCUGCCUCGGACCCACGGCCCGUCUCCCUCCAGCUCCAGCUCCUCCAGCAGCGGGAGCCCUACCCCAGAGCCCACCCAUCCGCCGCUGCACCCCCGGGCCCACCCGACCUUCGACCCUCGCCUGUGGCUGCAGUCCCAGGUCUGACAAGACGUCCUUCGUGGCUGCUUGGGGCAGGGAAGCAAGGUCCCUCGGAGGAGGCGGGACUGGCGUGACUGACAGGGGGUGCUGGCAGCUUUCGGGAGCAGCGUCUCGUUGCGAGAGCCGGGGCUUCCGGGCUGCCUCCGCAUCCUGCCUCAGCUUGGACCACCUGGGCCCCUGUGGAGGGGAGUUUGGGGCCGGGGACCGAGUGGCUGCCCUGGCCAGAAAAUGUCUCAGGUGUCAGCCCAGGAGCAAAGAGUCCUUCUUUCGGGGAGAGACGGGGGUGCUUCGGCCUGGGGAAAGGGAGCUGUGGUGGCAGAAGGUGGCCUCCUCCAGGACUGGCGGGGGAGGGGGGAGCUCGGUGUUGGAAUCCUGCCCCCCCCCGCCCCUUUGCUCUCAUCCUGAUGUUCAGGGAUUUGUGCCAAUGUUGUGGGGAGGGGUCAUGCCAACCUAUGCGGGAGGGCUACCUCUCCUCCUUCACACAUUAAAUAUAUAUAUUCACUGUU